AUGUCAAAUUCAAGUAAUAAUAAGAAUUAUAAACUUUUAAAUAAUCACCAACAUGACGACGACGAUGAUGAUGAUGAUGAAAAUACAACCGAUCUUUUACCAAUUAAUCGAUUACAACAUAAUAGUAGUAAUAAUAAUAAUAAUAAUAAUAAUAAUAAUAAUAAUAAUAAUAGUAAUAGAAUUGAAAUCGGUAAUGAUAAAGAUAGUCAUAGAAACAAAGAGCAAGAAGAAGAUGAAGAAGAUGAAGAAAAUGAAAAUUUAGCUACGUCAUCAACUACACUCUUUCAAAAAAUUAAAAAUAAUAUAUCAUCUUCAUUUAGAAAUAAUAAAAGUAAUGAAGAGAGACCUAUUGUUAUUGUGGAUAAUCAAAAUCAAGACGAAGAAGAAGAAGAAGAAGAUGAUAGUCAUAUAGACUAUUCAUACUAUACAGAUGAUAUACCAACCAAUAAUAAUAAUAAUAACACCACUACUACUACUACUACAUCAAAUAGUAAUAAUACAUCAUUAUCAAAUGGACAACAAUCUAAUCAAAUACCAUUAUAUUCUAUAAAUUCAAUGCCAACAUGGUUUAUAAGAUCUUCAAAUGAUCCAUAUAGUUUAGAAAAUCAUAUUAUUAAUCAUAUGAGAUCAAAUAGUAGAAUAGAAACUUUACAACAACAGCAACAAAGAGCUGAAUCUUUACCAGAGCAACAACAGCAGCAACAACAACAACAACAACAAGAAUCACAACAAAAUAAUAAUAAUAAUAAUAAUAAUACACCAACAUUAGAAGGUAUAUUUAGACCAUUUUCAAGUCAUUUCUUAAGUGAACAACGUUUAUUAAGUGAUCAACAAAAUAAUUUAAUUAAAGAAAAGGAUAUAAUAAUAAUACAACAACCAAAUAAUAGAAUGUCAAUUGGAUUUAGUGAUAGUAAAUUUACAAAUUAUCUUAAAACUGGUGAACAUAAUCCAUCAGGUUUCUAUAAUAGUUUUGUUCAAAAUGAUGAAAUGUUGCAAAGACUUGCCUUGUUAACAUCCCCAAAUGCAACCACUGGUGCAAAUGAUGGUGUAGAUAAUCUUAGUGACAUUUCUGAUUUCGGGAUGUAUCAUUGGUCAUAUUUGGAAUUGGAAAAACGUAAAAAACUUUUCCUUUCACUCUUAUGUAUUCAACUAUUUUAUUAUUGUAUACUGCUUUCAUCAUUUACAACUUUCCAUCCGCUCAUUAUCUUUUUAUUCGUUGGCACUUUAAAUAAUAUUUUUGCAUUAAUAUCAACUAGGAAACAUAGUGUACUCGGUUUAUCAAUUUAUCUUUGUCUAGAGUUAAUAAUGUUGGCACUCAACUACUUUGUAAAUUAUACUACCCUUUUCAUUCUAAGAGCUUUAAUUUUUAUGGUUGGUUAUAAACUACGUCAUGAAAUGUUAAUGUUUCAAGCUUCUCAUCCUUCUGUUUUUUAA